AUGGAAAAUUAUAGGUUCACAGUGUUUCCAGCCAAAAGUUUUAGUGUUUUCUUGGUUUAUUCUGUCAGUGUCCUCCUUUUUUGGGAUGUUGGAGCAGCUGCAACAGGACAUGGAACUAAUACCCCUGUCCACAUUGGCCUGAUUCUUGAUUCUGCAUCCCCUUUUGGUGCUAUGGUUGAUGUAUCGAUUUCCAUGGCGCUUCAGGACUUCUACACGGCGCAUCCGGAUUUUCAAACAAGAUUGAUUCUGCAUCGCAGAGAUGCUCAGCAGGAAUUGGAUGUAGCAUCUGCAGCAAUUGAACUGAUGAAGAAUGAAGAAGUGCAUAGCCUUUUAGGUCCACAGAUGUUCACACAAGAUAAAUUUAUAGCGGAACUUGGUGGAAAAGUUCAUGUACCUGUUAUAUCUUUCAGUGGCAGAAGCCAAUCUGUUUCCUAUGAGCAAACCCCUUACUUCGUCAGGACUACUCCUGAUGACUCAAAUCAAGCCAGGGCUCUUGUUUCUAUCUGCAAGGGAUUUGAUUGGCUUGGAGCUGUGAUUCUCGGACUUAGUAACGGAUCAUACAAUGACCUUCUUUAUGCCAUACCAAACAAGACUUUUGAUAUGGUCGUUGGAGACGCGACGAUCUUAGCUGAUCGAGCAAAAUACGUUGAUUUCACUCUGCCAUAUUCUGAAACUGGAACCGUUAUGGUGGUGCGAAACAGGAAAGACAGAGACAUAUGGAUCUUUGUUAAGCCUUUUAGGUGGGAUCUUUGGCUACUAAUAUUUGGUACUUGCCUAUGCAUUGGUAUCGUCCUUCAGAUAUUGGAGCACAGCUCAAAGAAUGGAUCAGAUUCUAUUGGACCAAAGAAAGAUAAACUUGGCUUGUCCUUUCCAAUAGCAUCCCUAGCUUUUCCUGAAAGAGACUCAAUCACGAACAAGUGGUCAAGUUUUGUCAUGGUUGUGUGGUUGCUAAUGGCUUUCAUACUGAUGCAAAGCUACACUGCAAAUUUAUCUGCAAUGUUUACAGUAGAUCAGUUAGACUACAGGUUUUCAAAUGAUGAUUACAUUGGCGUUCAGGAGGGUAGCUUCGUAAGGGAUUUUUUGAUAAACCAUCUGGAUAUUGACAAAUCAAGGAUCAGGGAAUAUGGAACCAUUGAGGAUUAUCAUGAUGCCAUGACUAAAGGGAGCAAAAAUGGAGGAAUCGAUGCUAUCUUUGAUGAAAUUCCUUACAUGAACCUGUUUCUUGAUCAAUAUGGCUCCGAGUACAAAACUGUUGGACCUACAUAUAAGACAGACGGAUUUGGCUUUGCAUUUCCACAAGGAUCUCCCCUGGUGGUUCAUUUCUCUAGGGCAAUCCUGGCCGUCACAGAAGGUGUAAACUUGAGUGCAAUUCAGCAGAAAAAUUUCGGACCUGCAUACUCGCCAUCUGGUGAUCAGAGUAAUUCAAUCAGCUCCCAGAGCCCAAAGUUAACAGUGUAUGACUUUGGAGGACUUUUUAUCAUAAUUGGCUCAGCACUGCUAUUUGCACUAUUCUGCUCAGAGACCCCAUGGGGCCGACGACUCACUGAUAAAGUAGCAACUAUUAACCAAAAGUCUUUCUCCUUCCCAUGGGUGCAAGGAAAUGUCCCAAGGAUUCACUCAAGUGUUCAUCCUGAUGAUUCAAAUAGAGACUCAUCCGGAGACAUUGAAGAAGUUCAAGGGUCUGACCAUACCAAUCACGAACCUGGCCAAGAAGAUUUGGACAUUUCAGCAAGAAAUGGUCAUGUUAAUGCGCCUGACCAAGGCAAUCAUUCAAAUGAAAUCCAGCUAUCUGAGCUUGGGAACACUGAUACUACAGAAAGGCAAACCGUCACUACCGUUCAUGCAAAUGAAGCUGUUUGGCCAUCAAGCCAUGCUUUCAUCGACAUUGGUGUAGUUCUUGAUACGGAUUCGCCCAUGGGAAGCAUGUUAAACUCCAGCUUAUAUAUGGCACUUUCAGGCUUCUACUCAGUUCAUGCAAACUACAAGACAAGGUUGUGUCUCCAUACUAAGAAUGCUAAAACAGAAAUGGAAGUCGCUUCAGCAGUUAUGGAUUUGCUGAAGAAUUUGAAGGUGCAUGGUGUUCUGGGGCCAGAAUGGUUAAAUGAAGCUACAUUCGUCGCAGAACUUGGAGAAAAGGCUCAUGUACCAGUUAUUUCCUUCACAGCCAAAAGCCGAGCCUUUUCUCGUUUGCAGAACCAUUACUUUGCUCGGACAGCUUUAGAUGACAUUCAUCAAGUGAAAGAUCUUGCAGCCAUUUGUCAGGAAUUCAAAUGGCAGGAAGUAGUUGUAUUCUAUGAGGACACUGAGUAUGGCAAUCUAUUCCUUUCCAAGUUAGAUAUCUAUGGAUUGUGGGCAUAUGACACUGUCUGGGCCUUAGCAAUGGCGGCAGAAAAGAUGUUGAAUUUAAGCGUCUCUAAGAUCGGCCCGAGGUUGUUGACUGAACUCCUGAGGACAAAUUUCAUUGGCUUGAGUGGGAAGUUCCAACUGGUUGAUGGGCAACUACAGCCUACAGCUUUUGAGAUUUUCAAUGUGAUAGAAUCAGGAGAUAGAAUUGUCGGAUACUGGACUCCUAGUUGCGGACUCUCCAAAAGCCUAAGUCCAAAUUCUUCAAAAGAACUCAAAGCCAUUAUGUGGCCUGGAGAAACACUAGUACCACCGAAAGCUUUUCCUGUCCCGGUAACAAGAAAGCUGAAAGUUGGAGUUCCAAAGAAACCAGGGUUUGAGGAAUUCAUAAAUGUACAAUUUGAUCCCCUCACUAAACAGUUCAAUGUCAGCGGGUUUUCAAUAGAUGUAUUCCAUGAAACGCGAAAGCUGUUACCUUUCAAGCUGGAUUUCGAGUUUGUCCCCUUUGUGAAUGCAACUGGACAAAGUAAUGGUAGCUACACUGAUCUGCUUCAUAAAAUAGUUGACCAGACUUAUGAUUUUGUGGUGGGCGAUAUCGCAAUUCUGGUGAAUCGAUCCAAAUCUGUCAAUUUUACGCUACCAUAUACAGAAUCAGGAGUUGUUAUGGUCCUAAAAAACAAGAAGACCAUAGAUAUGUGGACCUUCUUGAAGCCUUUGAGGUGGGAUCUUUGGCUUACUAUAGUAUUGAUUUGCAUUUUCAUAGGUGUUGUUCUCGGCAUCCUAGAGCGUCAGAACCACGACAACCAGUCACAGCAGCUUCGAUUGUUCUUUUGGCUUCCAAUUGCGGUUCUUGCCUUUCCUGAAAGAAAUAUGGUGGCUAACAAGUGGUCAAGGUUCGUGUUGGUUGUAUGGCUUUUCGUGGCGUAUAUACUGAUGCAGAGUUACACAGCGAAACUGUCUUCAAUUUUCACAGUUGAUCAGUUGAACUUUGCAUUUUCAACUGAUUUUAAUGUUGGCUACCAGAGCGGUUCUUUUGUGAGAGACUUCUUGAUUAACGAACUGAACUUGACUGAGUCUAAGCUGAAGAACUACACAACAAUCCAAGAGUACCAUGAUGCAAUGAGUCUAGGAAGUAAAAAGGGUGGCAUUGAUGCAAUUUAUGCAGAAAUCCCUUAUGUUAAGCUCAUACUCAACAGGUACGGUUCACAAUACAGGAUAGUCGGACCGACACACAAAACAGAUGGCUUCGGAUUUGCAUUUCCAAUGGGCUCCCCACUGGUCAGCUACUUCUCCAGGGCAAUACUAACUGUAACACAAAGUUCAGUUAUGGCAGGAAUUGAGCAAAAGAAUUUUGGACCAGGAUAUCCAACUGAUCUCGAUUCAAUUAACCAAGAGAAUCCAAGUCUAACAGCUUAUAACUUUGGAGGGCUCUUCAUCAUUGUCAUUUCAGCUACAAUGUUAGCAGUUUUCUUCUCUAAGACCUCAGUUGGGCAAAAUAUCACCUCCACAGUAUCAAAUAGCGGCCAUAAGUGGUCGAAUUUACAUAUGUUUGGAGGCGGUAAAGCAAAAGAACAUUCAUCUCAAUCCAGUGAUGAAGCUACUGACAACAACGGAGAAAACGGCUCAAAUGAGUUGCCAGGAACAGGGGAGAACCCUGAAACUGUGAACAACAAUGUCGAUAUUCCGGCAGGACAAAGUGAAGAUGAUAGUGCUGAAUCAAAUAGGAGACCCAUGAGUGUCGCUCGGUCUGAAACUAGUGAAAUUCAGAUGGCCCAAACGCACAACAGAAAUCAAUCAGGUGGGGCAUAG